AUGAUGUCACAUAACAAGCUCAUACAAGCCACAAACAAUGCAUUGAAACGUUGGCCUUUCAUACAACAAGAUCUGAUGAUACGUGUACAGCAUAUUCAAGAAGCGGAGUUUUUUCUUCUGGAAAUUCUGGAUUGCUGCUUGAUUGUUUAUCAUCCGUACAGACCUUUAAAUCAACUAAUGGCUGAAAUGGCACGAGAGCACAAAGAUCUGGAUACAAUCUCGGCGUAUGCUUGGAAAAUUUGUAACGACUGUACCAGGACUGAUCUGUCUUUGAUGUAUCCGCCACAUCAGAUUGCAAUUGCAUGCAUUCUGAUUGCAUCGGUUUGGACGAAUCGUGAUAAAGAGCUAAAAAAUUGGUUCGCUGAACUUGCUGUCGAUUUUGAAAAGAUAUUGGAAAUUCAAAAAAUUAUCAUCAAUUUGUAUAGCGUCUGGAAAACAUUUGAUGAGAAAGAACAACUCGUUGCAAUCCUGCAGAAAAUUCCUCGUCCAAAUCCCGGUCCACAAGCAACAAAUGCCCCAAUGAUGCAAGCACAGCAUUCACACGGCGGCCUUUCAGUACCGAAUAUGAACGUUCAUCAAGGAGUUACAAUGGGUCCUCCACAUAUGCCACCAACAGGUGGCAUGAAAUAUGAAACCCAUUAG